AAGAUACCAAACCAAGUACUCAAGUUCAGUUUUCUUUACCAUGGUCUUCAGUCAUGAACGAUGUGAACAAGUCUGGGCGCCAUAUUCUCUGUCGUGCACAACGGCAACCAUCUCACUUAUUCUCUGCCUCAUUACGAUCCCAGGAAACCUCUUGAUUUGUGUCUCGAUGAUCAAAGACCCCUUCCAUCAACUACGAACACCGUUUAAUUACUUCGUUCUCAACCUCGCUAUAUCAGACCUGAUCAUCGGUACAAUAACGGAACCUGCUUUUAUCAUCUUCCAUAUCCGCGAAGCUUUAAGGUACCCAGUACAAGAAAAUAUCUGGUUGGUUCAUUUGGCSUAUUUUAUCGCCUGCAUGGCAUCUCUCCUUAACCUAUCAGCACUGACGAUAGAUCGAUACCUAACUAUUACGUCAAUGUAUAAACGGGUUCUGAAACUCAAGACAGURAUUUUCAUAUCAGGYUUUAUUUGGUUAAUCUCUAUUGCUSUACCCUGUUUAUAUUUCAUUACGGGAUUCUACCUUUUCGCUUUCAUAUUCGCCAAUACCGCCGUCGUGGUCACCCUGUGUAUCGUCUCUUUUGCGUACAUCCGCGUUUAUCUAAAACUGAGGACUCAAGUUCUUCGCUGGGGGUCUCUCAACCAAAGACAAAUGAAAAACCAAGCGAUAGUUUUUGAAAGGAAGCUCACAAAAYCGUUUCUUCUCAUUCUUGGAUUCUUUACAAUCUGUUUGAUUCCAUCGUGUCUUAUCAACUAUUUUUUAAGCUUUUGUGGGUCAUGUGACUGCACGAUCGUUCAUUGGCUGAGAGAUCUACAGUUUCUAUUAACACUCAUCAAUUGUUCGUCCAAUCAGUUUUUAUAUGCAAUGAGAAUGUCCAGAUUCCGUAGAGCUUUUAUCAAAGURCUAAACCUCGAGACGUGCUUAUGCUUUGAGAUUAUAACUGCAAGAAGAAGGGGACUGGUUCAGAUACAUCAAAGAGAGCUGAUUGAGAUACAACCGCUGGCCGAAAGAAGCCGCAGUGACUCGGAAGCCGAGGGAGAGCCUGGUAACAAAGACAAGUAGUAAGCGGAAAGGAAAAGUACAAGCCAGUCUGUAGUUUAAGAAUCGUUUCCAGUGUGCAUGCGAUUUUAUCCCGAAUUUCUCACUUUCGUUGUUCAUUAAGAACAAAAGGUUUAAACAAAAGGUGAGAAAUUCUUCUUAACGAGUCACAAGGUGGUUUUUGAACGGGUUUUCGCUGCCAGUGUCGACAAACAAAAAAUGGAGAAAUUGGUACAAUAAGCCUGAAGCGAGAUGACGUUUUACCCCUGACU